CUUGGCAAUCAACCUCCGCGGACAUCUUUGUAUCCCGUAUUCAGCAUCGACUAUGACUGCGCAUUUCAGGCAACAAAUCAGCCGUAAAGAAGCGCAGCGUCCUAGUCGCUGUGACCGGCUUUCGCAUCAAAAUGAGCGUCAGAGUGGUCGCCCGUAUCCGGCCGCUUCUCAAGUCAGAACACGAGAAGGACCAGAUUGUCACAAGCCACAGCGGCGCAGACGGUCAACCUACCAUAAUCAAGAUCCCGAACCCCAAAAACUUUGCCGAAGAAUACAGCUUCCAGUUCAGCAGUGUAUACGAGCAGACGGCCACUCAACAAGAGAUUUUUGACGCCGAAGUCGCCCCAACAGUCAAACAUCUUUUCCUCGGCUACGACGUGACCAUCUUUGCAUAUGGCUCCACCGGCACGGGAAAGACGCACACGAUGCGCGGAGGAAAGUCACUGGCCGACCGAGGAAUGAUUCCCCGUCUGCUCAGCAGCAUCUACCGAAAAAGCCGGGCGAUUGAAAAGAGCAGCAAUGGAGAGACCACCGUGGCAGCGUCGAUGAGCUACUAUGAAAUCUACAAUGAUCGAGUUUUCGACUUGUUCGAAGCCCCGGAGAAAAGAACCAUCACCGGCCUACCCAUUCGAGAAGCCGAGGGCGGCAAGACCGUCGUGGUGGGACUGACAGAAGUGCCCUGUGGAUCAUUGAGGGAGUUCGAAAUGCUGUAUGACAAGGCAAAUGCCAACCGCAGCACGGGCGCCACCAAGCUGAAUGCACAUUCUUCGCGGUCGCAUGCCAUCCUCUGCGUGAAAGUGACCAUCACAAGCCCGACCGAGACCAGAGUUAGCACCGCAUCCGCCAUUGACCUGGCUGGAUCAGAGGACAACCGACGGACAGGCAACGGCAAAGAUAGGAUGGUGGAGUCGGCGAGUAUCAAUAAAUCCUUGUUCGUUCUCGCCCAGUGCGUCGAGGCCAUCAGCAAGAAACAACCCAGGAUUCCUUAUCGAGAGUCUAAAAUGACCAGGAUUCUCUCCCUGGGUCAAAACAAUGGGUUUACUGUCAUGAUCCUCAACCUUGCACCGGUGAAAUCCUACCACCUCGACACACUCAGUUCUCUCAACUUUGCCAACCGAACCAAAAAGAUCGAGGUCCGCGAGGUGGAAAAUGAACCCAUCUUCAAGGGACCCCCACGUCAAGCAGCGACGGGAGGUACAACGAUACAACGCCAACCACUACGACCGCUAAGCAAUGGUAUCAAUGUCAAUCUCACUAUAACCCGUGACGCCCCCAGCAAGAAUGAAAAACCGCCCAAGGCCUUCUCGGUAUACUCGGACCGGACCAAACCUGCUCCAGCGAUGAAACCGGCACCUCAAAAAUCGUCCCCAUUGAAGCGCACCGCGGAGACUUCUUUUCUCGGGUCGACCCGUCCGUCCAAGAUCUCCCGGCCUACACCGAACUUCAUCCGUCGAGGACCAGAACCCACCACCUUGACCAAAGCCUCGAUUGAGACAUUGGUGGAGAAGAAAGUAUCCGAGAUUCUGGCCGCUCGAGCGUUGAAUGCACCGGAUCCUGCACCGGCCAAAAACGUCUCGGAAGAAGUCCAGCGGCGCCUGGACAGUAUCGAAAAGAGACUAGAGGGGCAGGAUGGCGAACGUGCAGAAGGACUGAGUUAUUUGUUUAUGGCCAAGCAGCACCAAGCUCGUGGCGAGGAUGGGAGUGUGUUGAAAAUGUAUGAACUUGCCAGACCGUAUUUUCCCGACAACGAGAAGCUACAAAGCAAGAUUGAGCGGUUACGGGAGAAAUUGGCCAGAAAACGAGUCGAGAGCGAACAUGAGUAUGAUGCUCAUGAGCAGACCGAUGAUCUUGGUCAAGGACAACAACCAUUGUCGAGAAGACAUGGCAAGGAAUCUCAUGACGCGGGUCGUGAUCGGAACGAAGAUGGAGACGACGAUAGUUAUCAUGACGAUGGGGCAGAAUCAGACUACCACACCCGCGACAGUGAGUCCGAAGACGGCGGCGACCGAGCACGAUCUCAUCGUGGCCGACCGAAGAAACAGAAACAGACCCGAAAACAGAAUAAGACCCGCAAAGGCAGACCAUCGUCCCCGGAUCCGCUGGCUGACAGAGAUAUGGACGAAGCACGGGUGCAGCCUGGUGACAUGAACAACGUCACUCCUCGCACCCAGCAUCUUCUCGACAUCAUCAAUUCGAGAGAUAUUGCCCGAAUCAAGACCUUGAGCGGCCUCGGUGCUAAACGGGCAGAAGGAAUCGUCGAGUAUUUGAAUACUGCGAUGGCACAGACACAGGCCGACGUCGAGGGUGGGGACCACGAAAAUGUGGAUGUGGCUACUGAAGGUGUGAUGUUGAGAAAUUGGGACGAUUUGACUCGGUUGCGCGGGAUUGGCAAGAAGACCCUCGAGGCCAUGAGAGAGGGUGUACUUGUCUGAACUUGCAACUUCAGUACAUCUUGAAUGUUCAACAUUGAUACUUGAUCCUUGAUCCUUGGAAUGCUUUCGCUGCAGAAUGAAAUGAUUCUACGAGUGUACAAUCCAAAUUAAUUGUUUGACUCUUGUCUCGUAUUAUGAUUUUCCUUCUUCGUCGUUGGUUAUAGUGUAUUUCAAGGCCCAGGCCGCACUUUUUGGUACUCA